AUGGAGGAGGUGAUGGAGGAGGUGAUGGAGGAGGUGAAGGAGGAGGUGAUGGAGGAGGUGAUGGAGGAGGUGAUGGAGGAGGUGAUGGUGGAGGUGAUGGAGGAGGUGAUGGAGGAGGUGAUGGAGGAGGUGGUGGAGGAGGUGAUGGUGGAGGUGAUGGUGGAGGUGAUGGAGGAGGUGGUAGAGGAGGUGAUGGAGGAGGUGAUGGAGGAGGAGGUGAUGGAGGAGGUGAUGAGGAGGUGA